GGAAGGUGAACAAAAUGCGAAAUUUGGGAUGAAUCGCGCACCUGGGUUAAACUACAAAAGGACUAUGGCCCUCUUCUAGCGCUGAGAAUUUCCAGGACACACAUUUGCUCACCCAAUUGCCGCCCAUCAUGAAGACAUUCGCUGGUGCUUCUGCUGUGCUCGUGUUCUGCGCUGCCCUCGCUGAUGCUGCCGUCACGAUUCCCAUCUACAAGCGCGAUGUGCCUCUUCCUUCGCCCGAGCAAGUUGGCCGCCGUCUUGCUGCUAGUGCCAAAACCGGCAGCGUCGUCAGCGUGCCUGCCCAGGACUGGAUCAAGCACACGGCCGAUCUGCAGUGGUACACUAAGUUGAAAGUUGGCACGCCUCCCCAAGAGUUCAACAUCAUCCUAGACACCGGAUCUUACGACAUGUUCAUUGCAUCCAAAGACUGCAAGUCUUGCGGUAAAGCCGCCCGCUUUGAUCCAACAAAAUCCAAAACGUUUGGUGCCGAGCCUGGUAUCCCUCAGUCUUUUGGUUAUGACACUGGAGUCGAUACAUCAUCGCUGCUUCAAAAGGACGCGAGCGUGUCGGGUAUAAUUGUCAACGAUACUAUAGGCGUUGCCAACCUCUCUGUCCCUGCUCAGCAAUUCCUCCUUUGCGACGAGUACCCUGACUUCAUGCAGGAUGUUCCCAUGGAUGGUGUCAUGGGUAUGGGACCUAUGCGUGUCUCCGGUCUUCCAAGCCAGCUGUCUUGGUUCUGGCAGCUGUACUCGUACGAACAAAUCAAAGACCCCGUCGUCUCCUUCUACUACCCGCCCGGUAGAGCCACGGGAGCCGAGGCCACGUUUGGCGGCACUAACCCAGCCCGAUACACUGGCAAGUUCACCCAGGUCUAUACAGGAGGCGCUGGCCAAUGGGAAGUACCUCUUUCGGGCCUCUCUUUGAAUGGCAAGACCUUUCAAAUCCCUUCUGCCACGACCGUCCUCGACACCGGCACGCCCUUUUUCACCGCCGAUGCCAACACCACCAAGGCCAUCUAUGCCUCCAUCUCGUCCAAGAUCAAGCCUCUUGACGACGGUGGCUCGUGGGGUGCCCCAUGCGAUAUCAUUGAUUCGCUUGCUGUUGAUAUGACCUUCAAACUUGGCUCCAAAAAGUAUACGUUCGAUGCCACUGUGCCCAAGGAGGCCUUUAAUCUGGGACCGUAUGAGGGCCAGCCGGGCAUGUGCCAGGCUGUCUUCAGCUCUCUCUCACAUGGAAGUAACAGCAAACACUCCGUCUUUAUUCUUGGUGCCCCCCUUCUUUCUCGAUACUAUACUACCUGGGACGGCCUCAACAACAGCAUUGGCUUUGCUACGCUAGUUUUGUAAUGAUGAAACCGAUCCAACGGGCCGAAUUGGGACCCUUACAAAACAUCUUCUUACAUAGACAACUAGUCCUAACCAAUCAGCUACCUCUAACUUAUAUCGGGGGUUUUAUUCAGAUUCUAGUCUGCUAUGCUAUGUUUCCGUAAUUAGCUUCUUUGUUUCCAUGUCAAGUAGCUGCUUGACCGGCUGGCUCUCAAUUCUGGCGGACCGGUUCUUCAGUAGCGUCAGAACCACCUUUUGGAGGUUCAUCCCCAGGUUGUCCCAAUCAAACUCUGGGUUGAGGGCCUUGACAACCUGGCGCAUAGCAGGCUCCGAAAUGUGAAGAACCUCGCACACAUCCGCCGUGCUCAUGGUUUCCGCUUGCAUCGUCUUGACAAACGACGGUCUAAGCGCAUCCUUGUACUCCUCAAAUGCAUCGCUUAACUUGACAACCUUGUUUUCGUUCUCGUUAGUCUUUUCGGUAGCUACACCCGGCUCUUGCCCAGGCUCUGGAGCAUCAAUAUCAUCUCCUUCACCGGUGAGCAUGGCCAGGAUAAAGUCUUCAUCCAGCGGUUCGAUCUUGGGACUGAAUUCGCCCUCUCGACCAACUUGCCACGGCUGACGCUUCCUCUCCGCAUCGCCAAUCACUUGUCUCGUAUAAUAAAUUUCCUGGAGUCUCUGUUCUACAUCGGCCUCCACGCCGGUCUCCUCUGCAAAACCACCAUCGACAACUCCUCGAUGCGCUGUUAUGUUUUGUAGGAGAAGUCUCUUGGGAUCUAUUCCCCAGAGAGCAGCGAUCUCAGCAUGCUUUGCUAGGAUUGCGCUACACGCAGUCUUGGCUUCGUCCCAAUCCAUCCGCAGACAAGCCAUGGCUGCUUGAUUCUUAAGCUCGCUGAAUACUGCUGACCGUCUAGUGUAUGCAUUGGCCAAGUCAGCAUCGUCGUCUUGGUUUCUGGAGCCUCCGGCAGCUAGACGAUUCAGAUACUGGAUCAUUCUCUUGUACUGUCUUGUUUCUCGGUUCAGAGUGGGGGGUAGAUGUCGGAGCAGACGGGUUGCGAUGGCCGCCUUGUCAGCUUCAGGAUCGGUAAGCAUCUUUUGCAUGAUAGUGACAAUGGUUCGUGAAUGAAAGAGAACGAUGUUGCGAAGUCGGCAGAACUCGACAAUGUCGGUGAGACGGGCUGUAUUUGCAGCAGAUAGAUCUUCACCCUUGGUGACCACCCUCACAAUGAGUUUAUCCAUGAACCGUCCCAGAUUCUCGUGAAGUCUGGCAGGGUCCCAUGCCGUGUAUGGGAACAGGCGAAGGACAGCCUCAUACCAAGACCAAUCGACAUCGGUCGACGGAAGAUCAAAGUUGGCAUCUUGCCCGAGUAGUUGCCAUACCAGGCUCUGGGGACGUACUCCUGAGCCCGCAAUAGUGAGGAGAUUACCAAAGAGUCCUCGCAUCAGUCUCGUCGUGGUAUCGUCAGCCUGCGCAACGACGCUAGGAAUGGUGGACUUUGUAGCAGCAAGCUUCGUCAUGGCGGCCAUCAGUAGAGAGCUCAUCAGCGCGCCUACUUGAGGACUUCCAGGCUCUAGUUGUAGCUCUCGGGAUGCAAUUGCCUUGCUGAGUGUGCUUCGCAUAAUGAUUCGCAGCGCAGCAAUAUGGCCGUCAUUGCACUUCUCCAUCCAUCGCACUGUGUACGGACUUUCAAGAUUCACAAACUCGUCCCAGCAAACCCACGCAAUCAUUGACCCAUGACCAGCUCUCUGGUUUAGGUACGGAAGCGCCAUAAUCGGCUGCGAGGCACCGCUCGCCGAUGCCAGCGGACCACUAUGCUGAGCCUGAGACUGCUCCAUCACAAUACUGGCGUCCAGGCCCUCCAG